AUGGCGUCCUCCUCCGGCUCCGACUCCGGCAUGGAAUUUGCACGCUACAUAAAUUGUGCAGACACAAAGCUCUCUCCGUCCCUUCUCUCGCGGUCUCGAGGCAUUGGGACAAAUUGCAACAGACCGGCAAGCUCCUCGUCUGUUUCACCGACGACUUGCGGCCAGAACCGCCCUGAGACCGUUCACAUUCCAUCACCGAGACAGCACAAUCUAGGAACUCGCUGGGCCAUACUGAAACAGGUCGACCGGUCAUCAGCCAGGCCCCCCAACCAGAAUCCUGACCGCCCCGAGAUAAUGCCUUCGCCCUCCCCCUUCAGCACCACCGCAAAGCCACCCUCGUCCCUGAACGAGAAUGGCCCACCGCCCUCCAGCAUCCUCAUCCUGGGUGCAGGCGUCUUCGGGCUGAGCACCGCCCUCUCCCUGGCCCGCAGCCAAGCACUGCCCAGAUCCACGACCAUCACCGUCCUCGACCGCUCCCCGCAGCCGGGCGUCUUUCCCAGCCGCGACGCCUCCUCCAUCGACACAUCCCGCAUCAUCCGGGCGGACUACGCCGACCCGGCCUACGCAGCCCUCGCCGCCGAGGCACAGGAGAUAUGGCGGCAGCCUGACGGGCCCGGCGCCGACGGCCGCUACAACGAGACGGGGCUGAUUAUCACCACCAACAACACGACAAAAAAGGCGUCGGGCAUCGACUACGCCCGCUCCUCGUGGGACAAUGUCCGCGCCCUGGCCGCGCACGACCCGGCCCUCUCGGCCAAGAUCGAGGAGCUGCCCUCACCAUCCGCCAUCCGCGGCGCCUACGGCACGGGCGGCGGCAGCGGGGAAUGGGGUUACAUCAACAGGCGGUCCGGCUGGGCCGACGCAGAGGCGUGCAUGGACUGGCUGUAUGCGCAGGUGCGGGCCACGGGGCGCGUGGCCUUCGUCAACGGCACGGCCGCCUCGCUGGUGUGCAGCACGUACAACAGGCGCACGCCGCAGGUUCGGGGCGUGAAGCUGGCGGGCAGCAACGGCAAGGAGCUCCUCGCGGACCUCACGGUGCUUGCAACGGGCGCCUGGACGGGCGGGCUGAUCAACCUGAGCGGGCGGGCGGUGGCGACGGGCCAGGUGCUGGCGUACAUGGACCUCACAGACGAGGAGCAAGCAAAGCUGGCCAACGUGCCGACGCUGCUGAACCUAUCGUCGGGGUACUUCAUCAUCACGCCGGCCAACAAGACCCUGAAGGUCGCGCGCCACGCCUACGGUUACCUGAACCCGACCACCACCACCGCCGGGGCCGCGGUGGGGAACACCACCUUCUCGGCGCCAACGACGCACCUUACCGAUCCGCCGACGCAGUCCAUACCGCCCGCGGACGAGGCGGCCCUGCGCGCCGCCGUGCGCGAGAUGGUGCCCCUCCCGGAGCUGCACGACCGGCCGUUCAAGGCCACCAAGCUGUGCUGGUACACCGACACGGCCGACGGCGACUUCAUCAUCGACUACCACCCGGACUACAGGUCGUUGUUCCUCGCGACGGGCGGCAGCGGCCACGGGUUCAAGUUCCUGCCCGUCAUCGGGGACCGCAUCGCCGCCACCAUGUUCGGGCGGUGCCCCGAGGCGUUUCGCGGAAAGUGGUCGUUCCGCAAGGACGGCUCUGAGAGGGCGGCGGCCUGGGACAAGGUCGUCACGGAGGACGGGAGCCGUGGCGGGGUGCCUGGGUUGAUUCUACGGGAAGAGAUGAAUAAGAACGGAGAAAAGAAGAUGUCACGGUUGUGA